GUCGCUAUUGCUUGCGUUCUGGCUCAACAGAUCGACGCUCAAUGGUAUGGUGGUUAUGCUGCUUAUCCCGGAUAUGCCGCUUACUCCUCAUACUAUCCAACCUAUGCUGGUUACUACGGUGGUCUCUACACUGGUUUGAGCUACCCAGGAUAUGCUUACUACGGCUGGGGAAGCAAUAAGGGAGGAGCCCCAGAAGCCCCAGCUCCAGCCGGUGGAUCUCUCACAAACAACGUACGGCAAUAAAUGUGCAAUUUCCAAAUUUUUACGCCAAACAAUGCCAUUUUUCAUGUACAUUUU